GAACGAAAGCAUCCCGUUUUGUGUUUUCUUCUUCUUUCUUGUUCUCAUAUAUCUAUACACCCAGGUAAAUUAAUGCUGUCCUUCCGGUGAGGUUCUGCGCAUCAAAAAUAUAUGAUGUCUAUUAUGUGAUAAAUUACAAAAAAAGAAGAAUUUUUUUUAUUCCCUCAUUUGUAGGCAGUUCUUAUGAUAGGUAAAAUUGUAGUAAGUGUGUAACACGUGCGUGUGAUAAACCCUUGAUAACUUUAAGUGGCAAGAUUUGUGUAUGGUACAAUUUGACAUGUAAAUGUUAAAUCAAUGAAUGAACAUGUAUAUAAUAUUUGAAAGUUCAUUUUAGAAGACCAAGAAAAUACUCUCAAAAGUUGCGUCUUUUGUGCCGUUUACGAUUAACGCUUCUACCGGCAGAAAAUUGUGUAUGAACUUUUUAAGAUACCAACACACAUUCUCGUUUUAUAUGUCAAAAUGUCUGGAACAUCACAAAGAAUGCGGAAGUCUUCUCCGUGUUCAACAUCAAAACAAGGUCCAAUGCGUGCUACUUUACCUGUAAGUUCACUUCUUAGGCACAGCAGACAAAGUAAUACUUUGAGAAAAAGCAAUAACAAUAGUCCAACAGUCUCGCCAACUAAUGUCCAUACUUGGCGUGCUCGCAUCUCACCAGAAAUUUCAUUAUCAGGCCAAAGAAGUCCUGGAUCUCUUUCUUACAAAGCAAAAUCAAAAACCUUAAGUGGUCGCUGCAGUAAUAGCUUGAGUGGAAACCAAAAUAUUCGUCGAACAGCAUCUUUAGAUACGAUUUACUUAAAAGGACAAUGGCCACGAGAUUCAUAUUAUAUUCAUUCUAAUCUUUUAGUAGACAAGGCUACGCAAACAGAAGAAUGGAGCAAUGAAUCACGAAAAGCAUAUGUUCGUCAUUCAACUGAACAAAGUUCAACAGAUGAAAAAUUAGAAAAAUAUUUCAGGCAUCGAUUACAGCGCUCAAAUAAAGAAGGAACCAGUAGUAGAGAAAGAACAGCAGCUUUUGGUCUUAUAAUGCCCGGUGGGUCUUCGGUUGCUCUUCCUGGAGAUCAUAACGUUAUUUUACCCAGCAUUGCUUCUCAGACGCCGUUACAUAAUCAGAUUAAUUUAAGUACGCGACCAAAUCCUUUAAGCGUGCCGAAAGCGAUACGACCUCCUAUGCGUUCUUCCAUUGAAGGUCUUAAUCAAGAAAUCGAAGGACUUGUACUUAAGUCAACAACUUGUUCUAAUGAUUCUGAUCAUACAGUAGAAGACAGGUAUGCAAAAUAUCGAGAGCAAAUUACUCCAGAAGGACAUAGAGCACCUUUAGCUGAUCUAUUGAGAUCUACUACACGUAGUGUAAAUACGCAAACACCAGCUGUUGAUAUACCUUCAAGUUCAUAUUCUUCAGGUGGUAGUCGUGGUUCAACUCCAGAACAAGAAAAAGAAAGUCGUCUUGGUACAUCACCGCAUAUUAAUAGGUUUUUGGCUAGAGAACCACCUGAUGGUUGUGAGAAAGUAAAUCUAAAAUUCGUCGAAGAUGCCAGGAGACCUCUAGUUGACCUCAGCAAACUUGAUUACUACUCGAAACCGUGUGUUGCGUUCCAGUUAAAACCAAGUUUAGGUUCAGCAUUUUUGCCACUACAACAACCAACAACUACGACAGUUAUAUCAAGUGUAUCACCAACUUCAUUGUCAACACCAACAACACCUCCUCCAAGUUCAUAGUUCUUAGUUAUAUUUAUUCUUUACAAUAUGACAUGCUUAAAUUUUAUUUGUACUCAAUUACAAAGGUACAUUAUUGCUAUUGACAAGAACUUUUAAGAAGGUUUCUUGUUCUCGCAUUUACUAAAAAAUGUACAUGUCUUUUAAAAAAACAUGAAAUAUCUUCUCAGAAGAUUAAAACUUUUUUCAAAAGAAAAAUUUUUAAAGUGAUUCUUAUAGAUUAUUUUCUUCAUUAUAUUUUUUUAAAAUAAAAUUUCCAUGCUAAAAUAGCAAUUUUGAAAAUUAAUAAAUAUUUUAUACUUUUUAAAUUUGUAAAAAUAUAUUUUUCAACUUAUUUUAAUAAAAAUUAAUCUAAAUUCUUACAAUUAGAAAAAUGUGACUUUGAGAAAGAAAUACCAAUUGAAUUUAAAUUUUCAAAUAUACAAAAAAACUUAAGUAUAAGAAAUAUUUGUUGGGAGAUAUAAUUGAUUAAUUUGGAAAAUUUAAAAAUCUACUAGCAGUGUUGCAAUUAUUAUAUUACAAUCCUUAGUUACGUAUAUGCAGUAAGUUAAGGGGACAUUUUUUUAAUGUACUGUAUCGAUUUUCUACACCAAGAGUCUGAGAAGAAAAGAAAUCAAAAAAGUAGGGUUCAAAUUAAUUUUCAGAACGAAAAUGUUUUUCACUAAAUUCAAAAAAUAAAUUUUAUAAUAAUUCAGAACUAAACGAAUUAAUAGAAUAAUUUAAUUUUAAAAAUUAUAUCAUAAAAAAUUUAAGUAAUUGAAUUUUAUUAUUAAUAAAAUACAUUUAUUUUUAACAGUAAAUUAUUUAUUACUGAACCCAAACUAUUUUUCAUUUCUUUUCACUAUGGAAGAGCAAUAAGUUAAUUUUUUGUUUAACAAUAAUAUUAUUUAAAAAUCAAAUUAAAAAUUUUUAUUUUACAAAAUUGUUCUUGUAAUUAAUUCAGUUUUAUUUUUUUACAUUUUUAAAUAAAAUGAAUGUAUUUAAAAAGAGUGAAAAAAAUUCAACAAUUAGGUAAUUAGUUAUAGUUUUUUUUACAAAAUUUUAAUUUUAAUUUUUUUAAUAUCAAGACAAGAGCGUUUUCUAGUAGAUGCAAUUGUAAGUGUUCUUAUAUUUUACGUCGGUAGUAAAUAUGUAUAUGUACCUUUGUAUACGCAUAUACAUGAAUAUACAUACAUGUAUAUAAAAAAAAAUCUCUUUUAGUGUAUUUGUAGAAUCACUUAAUAAUUAAUAUUAAAUGGCAAUGUUCAAAUAUUGCAAAUGCAGCAAAAAAAAAAAAAAAGAAAAAAAAGUGCGUUACACUUUACAUUUAGAUAUUAAGAAAAUGACUCCCAAUUAUAAGCCUUAUUCGCUUCAGUAAUUACGUAAUCAUAUUACGUGUUUAUUAAAUUAUUCAGAAUUAAAAAAGUAUUGAAUAUUCGCAUUGCACAUUUUCAUAAUGUGUUAGACUGGUAAAAAAAUAUGGAGUCCAUAAUAUACUUUUUAGUAGCAUUUAAGUAUAACAUAUUUUUUAUAAUAAGAAAAAUUGUAUUUUCCAAUUUAUGACAGUGACUGAUGGUUCACAUUAUCAGAAUUUCAUAUCGUUCACAAAUAUUUAGUCCUAAUUAACUAUUAUUUCAAAACAAAUAUAAUUUCGUUUUCUUAUUCUAUAAACAAAAAAAAGUUAUUUUAGUUUUUUAUAUUAAUAAAUAUAAAAAUUUUAUUUGAAUCUAUUUUAAUUUUUAAAAAUGAGCAAACAGAAGUAGGAUGAAAACGUCGAUAUAACAUUUUUACAACUAAAGAUCCCGCUUGGAAAUUUUCAUUGUUAUCGUUCAAGAAUUUAAUUUCUUUCUAAGUUUUCAAAAAAUGACUAAAAAAGUUAAUAAUUUUUAAAAUUUUAGUAAAAAUGGAAAUUCAAAAUUUCUAAAUUCUAAAAAAUUACUAAUUUUCAAGAAAUUAAAAAAUUUUCUAAUUUGAUAAAAACUUUCUCCUGGAAGAAGAAUUCUAACUUCUGAAAGAUGGAAAAAAAUUUAUUAAAAAAAAUCGCACCAGAAACUAAACGCUUUUUUAAAUACAUAGAACUGAAAUUUGUUUUUUUUUUUUAAAUUGUGUUUCCUAUUUCAAAAAAGCUGAAUAAAUUAUGUUCUAAGGCAGAAUUUUAAUUUUUCAUGUUUUAGUUUCUUGAAAAUGUGCAAUUUCUUUUAACUUAAAUUUUUUUCACUUUUUUGAACUUAGAAUUUUGUUUUAAACUGAAAAAUAUUAAAUUCAUAGAACACGAAUCAAUGGCAAUUGAAUGCUUAUGAAAAUUUCCCACGCUAAAGUAAAAAUAACAUUAAGUAAAAAUGUUAGGUAGAAAAUCAAUGGCCUAUCAGUUUUUUUUAUUAUUAAAAUAGAUAUAUUUUGCCGAUGUUUCGGCCCAAGACCUUAGCCCUCAUCAAAUAUACAAAAACUAUUUUUUACAUAUAAAUAUAUAAGACUGUUACUUAAUUACAGUAGAUUCCCACAAACUGUGACAUAACGAAACGAACAAAUACUGAAUACAGAAAAUAUUCGACUCUGAACAUGUUUAUAAGAGUCUACUGUAAUUACAUUAAAUAUAUGAUCAGUUAUAAAGUUACCUUAGAAUAUGUCAGGCAAUUUCAUAAACUAAAUUUUCUACAAUAUGAGGUAAUUUUAUAAUAUCAUUGAUUCUACGAAUAUGUAGUCGUAUAUUUUUUUUCGUUCGAAAACAAAAGCAGUUACUUUUGUUCGCGAUACUGAUCAUAAUUUUUUUUCCGCAUUUUUCAUAAAUCAAGGAAAAAGUUAUUUUAUUAAGAGAAGAAUGGAACAUGGAACAUCAUUUUUUAUGGAAUCAAAUUAUAUUUUAUAUGUAAUUUUUUUAGUUCAAAUUAAAUGUGGUAAGAAAUUUAAGAUGUUUUCCUCCCUCUAUCUUCUGUUUAAUUAUUCGAAAAUGUUUUUAAUAAUACAUUUCUUUUAAAAAAAGAAAAAAAAUUUUCAUUAAACUAUAGAAAUAUUUUUAAAAUUUUAUAAGUAUAGUACAAAUUUUAAGACAAAUGAGCAAAUAAACAAUUUUACCAUUAAAAGGUAAACUUAUUUAAAAAAAUAGAAAAACGAAGUUGAUAUCAAUUUAUGAUGGUUUGUUUUCUAAUCACAAAAAAUUUAGCUUAUUAAAGCAGAAACAUUUACUUGAUUUAGAUUCAUACAUGUUUUUCUCAACUGUUCAAUUUUUUUCAAAUAAAUACUAAAAUUUAAUAUCUUAUGACACAAAUAUUCCGUUUCAAUUUCAGUUUUGACUUGAAAUAUCAGUAAAAAAAAAGGAAAUAUAAAUAAAUAUAGAUAAAAAAAGAGACAAUGUGUGUUUGUAUAAAUGUGUAAAAGAGAUAUGUUUUGACAAUUUUUAAGGUAUUGUUUUUAUUUUUUAUCGUCAUUUUUAUAAGAGAAUAAAGAAAAAAAUAGAUUGUCUUCUCUGAGAAGAAAUGCAGUUUUAAAAGCGGCUAAUAUUAGGUAUAUUUUGAUGUUAAAAAAAUAUGUAAGCUACGUAGUUUUUAAGCGUAUAAAGGUAACAAUUUUUCUGUACACUUUGUUAAUACAUAGAAAUUUAAUGAAAAUUAUUUUAAUAACAUUUCAAUAUUUCGUAAUAAGAAAACUUAUAAAAUGUCAAAUUAUUGACUUUUCAAUGCUAAUAAUUAAUUUGAAUAAACUGCAAUCAUUAAUUUAA